ACAACUGUUUCUUUCUUCAUUCUGCUCGCAUCACAUCGUCGGCGGUUUCCUCCAACACAUUUCACACUUUGCUUUUAACAGAUUAAUAAUUGAAAAUGAGUGGAGAUCGUUCCCACAACGAUAGCCAGAUAGACUCCGGCUCUCGGGUCAAUGCGGUCUGACUGUAGAAAACAUAGCUGAAGUGCAGAUGGCUGUGAUAUGGAGGGGAAACACGCAGGACCGUUUGUAUCAAGACACGAUUUCCAGCGGCGGAGGAAAUUCUCAUAAGCAUAAAGAUAAGUACAAGGAUAAAGAACACAAACACAAGGACCACAAGAAGGACCGGGAGCGUGAGAAAUCAAAAUAUGGCAACAGUGACCAUAAGGAGUUCUCGGAAAAGAAACACAGAGAAAAGGAGCGAAUUAAGCACGAAGAUGUCAGCACAGACAGACACAAGGACAAACACAAGGAAAAAGACCACAGGAAGGAGGAGAUCAAGCCGAAGAAGGAAAAAGAGAAUGGCUUUGCCAGCCCUCAUCGCAUUAAGACGGAGCCGGACAAUGAUCACUUCUACCACUCUCCCAAGUCCCUGAAAAGACAGCGUGACAAUGACGAAACUGAAUUCAAGCCCAAAAAAAUUAAAAUUGAAAAUGACAGAGUGGACAAGAAAGCAAAGAAGAGGAAACAAGAUGAGGUACGUGGAAAUCUUUGGAUUUUAUAUUUGAUAUAUUUCAGUGAUCCGUUGCGAGAAAGGAUACUCAUGCGUUUGUUUCUUGUAAAGGACAUCAAGCCCAAAAAGACACAAAAAAACAAGAAAGGGGAAGUUGCUGACGGGAAAAAGAAAGCAAAGAAGGAGCCUGAGGAGAAGUGGAAGUGGUGGGAAGAGGAGAGGGCAACUGACGGUUCCAAAUGGAGGUUUCUGGAACAUAAAGGCCCAGUCAUGGCAGCACCUUACGAAACUCUUCCCAGCAAAGUCCGAUUUUUCUAUGAUGGGAAGCAGAUGAAGCUCGGCCCAGAGGCUGAGGAGGUGGCCACCUUCUUUGCCAAAAUGCUGGACCAUGAGUACACUACCAAGGAUGCCUUCCGGAAAAACUUCUUCAAAGACUGGAGAAAGGAAAUGACCUCGGAGGAGAAGUCUAAGAUCACAGACCUGAAGAAGUGUAACUUCAAUGAAAUGGGGGAAUACUUCAAGGCUCAGUCUGAGGCCAGAAAGGCCAUGACUAAAGAUGAUAAACUGAAAAUCAAAGUGGAGAAUGAACGCCUCCUACAGGAGUAUGGCUUCUGCAUCAUGGACAACCACAAGGAGCGCAUUGCUAACUUUCGCAUUGAGCCCCCGGGCCUGUUCCGUGGCCGAGGAGACCACCCCAAGAUGGGCAUGCUGAAACGCCGCAUCCGCCCUGAGGACAUCAUCAUAAACUGCAGCAAGGACUCCAAGCACCCCAAGCCUCCCCCUGGUACCAAAUGGAAGGAGUUGCGUCAUGACAACAAGGUGACCUGGCUGGUGUCGUGGACAGAGAACAUCCAAGGCUCUAUCAAGUAUAUCAUGCUGAAUCCCAGCUCAAGAAUCAAGGCAGAGAAGGACUGGCAGAAGUAUGAGACAGCCCGAAAUCUGAAGAAGUGUGUGGACCGGUUAAGGAACCAGUACCGCGAGGACUGGAAGUCCAAAGAGAUGAGGAUCCGACAGAGAGCCGUGGCACUCUACUUCAUCGAUAAGCUGGCUCUGAGAGCAGGUAAUGAGAAGGAGGAAGGGGAGUCUGCGGACACAGUGGGCUGCUGCUCCCUCAGAGUGGAACACAUCAACCUGUACCCCGAGAAGGACGGCCAGGAGUUUGUGGUGGAGUUUGACUUCCUGGGUAAAGACUCCAUCCGCUACUACAACAAAGUCCCUGUGGAGAAGAGGGUAUUCAAGAACCUGCAGCUGUUCAUGGAAAACAAGCAGCCAGAGGAUGACCUCUUUGACCGGCUCAAUACCUCCAUUCUGAACAAGCACCUUCAGGAGCUGAUGGACGGGCUGACGGCCAAAGUGUUUCGUACCUACAACGCCUCCAUCACUCUGCAGCAGCAGCUGAAGGAGCUCACCAGCCCGGAUGAGAACCUUCCAGCCAAGAUCCUGUCAUACAACAGGGCCAAUAGAGCUGUGGCCAUCCUGUGUAACCAUCAGAGGGCCCUGCCCAAGACCUUUGAGAAGUCCAUGCAGAACCUCCAGACUAAAAUUGACGCAAAGAAAGACCAGCUGUCUGACGCAAAGCGGGAUGUGAAGAGCGCCAAGGCUGACCUCAAAGUACGGAGAGACGAGAAGUCCAAAAAAGCUGUGGAGACCAAGAAGAAGGCUGUAGAGAGGCUAGAGGAGCAGCUGAUGAAGCUAGAGGUGCAGGCGACGGACCGUGAGGAGAACAAGCAGAUUGCUCUGGGCACCUCCAAACUCAACUACUUGGAUCCACGCAUCUCUGUGGCCUGGUGUAAGAAGUGGGGUAUCCCUAUCGAGAAGAUCUACAACAAAACUCAGCGUGAGAAGUUUGCCUGGGCUAUCGACAUGGCAGAGGAUGACUAUGAAUUUUAAAUCCUGUUUGCGGUUUUAUAAUUGUGAUUUCUAUUGUAAUUUUAUUGGAUACUUGUUUUUAGCUUAACCGAUUAUACAGAAUGGCCAGCCUGACAAGGAAAUUAUAGAAUGAGUGUACACUCAACAAGCAUGGUGAUGUUGAAUGUCAGGGGUCAGGACGUAUAGGCCAUUACAGAUGAGCUGGAGGGAGGGGGGACGAGGUGGGUUAGUCUGAGGUCUGGUCGGACGUCAGAUUCAAGGGCAGAACUAUACCCAUACCCAAAGGUGACGCGGUAAUCUCUAUGAUUGGAUGAGAACCAGUGGAUUGCCUUUUGGUUCUCUUCCUCUUCAGCCACAUGCACGACUUAAAGGUGUCUGAACUUUGAACUCUGGGGUCCUAUUGCUACUGUAUUCAACAAAAAAUGACUGCUUUGUGUAUUAGAUUUUAUUAUUUUUUUGUUCACUUGGUCUGUAUUUUUAGCCCUCCCAUGUAUUAUUAAUGGAUUCUAUAUUUUAAUAGAGAGAACAGUUAAAUCAAAUGAAAUCCUGAAGUACACCCAUGCGCCUUUGAGGAAAUUACAUGUGAUCUCUAGGUAUGAGUUGUAGGGGGGAUAAAGACCAUGAAAGCUGUGUGUUGGUGAGUGUGAUGUUUUAAACUGGACUAUGUUGAUUGUGUACCAUAAAGAGGAUGCGUUGACACAGAAGGGAAGAUGCUACACAUGUCAAUAUUUACAUAAGCAGGUAGGAUGUGAUUAAUUUGUUUUACAGUAUCUAUCAGGGACUGAUUUUCAAUGUAAAUGUGAACCAAUCAUUUAAUUUUUCUCCCCUUGCGUUGCCAGCAUCCUCUGGAUCUUUCUGCAUAGUCUAUUUGGUUUUAACUUUAUAAUUUCUAAUGAUUGUUUGAGUGGAAAACAACUCCCUUAUCUGUUACUUGAAAAAAAAAUGCUAUUUUAAUUUAGUUCAUUAAAAAUAUAUUUUUCUUCCAGAAGGGUAUGUGAGGGAUAUCAACUUUGCCAAAAAAAAUACCAAUCUGUUACAGUUUAGGCAGUUAUUUCUUAAAUUGUGUUAAAGACUGAGAAUGAAGAACAUUAACAGGAGUUUCAAUGUGAAUUUUAUUCCACUCUAGUGUUUUUCAACCUCUUCUGUCAUAGCCUCCAAUCAUGUUCUUGUUUUAUGCUCAUUGUAGGUUGAAAAUGAAUAAAACCCCUCAACUCCA